AUGAAGUUUUCAUCUGUUUUCGGUGUGUUGACCGCUUGUGCCACCGUCUUAGCUGGUCCAAUUUACAAACGUGAUUUGCCAUCACUUUUCAGUACUGCCGCCAACAGCACUGGUGGUGUGUUAUGGAACUCCAGUAACCUCUCGAACCAUUCCAACAACUCCAACGGCACCGUUCCAGGUGGCGUCGAACCUAAAUUGCAGGUCUUCAUCACUGGUGGCUACUAUGACAUUUACUCGAACCAAAGUGAGUUCGAGUCUGUCGAUUUUGUUACCGUUUCCAAUACUACCUCGUCUUUGAACUUGACCGAACUGUACCAGUUGGGCUCUUUGGUCAACCAAAGUUUGGAGAGCGAUGAGUACUAUGGUGUCGUUAUUGUGUCGAGCGCUGCCUCGAUCGAAAGUUUGACUUUCUUCUCGUCAGUCGUUUUCGACACCGACAAGACCGUGGUCAUCAGUGAGGAUGUUAUCACCGGUUUGUGGGUUGCUACCGACCCAGACAGUGCUACACGCGGUCCUAUCUCCAUCGGCUACGAGACCGGCUUGAUCUACUCUGGUGUUGCCGCUACUCCAAUUGGUAUCACCACUGUGGAAGGCCCUGUAUGGUUCUUGGACGCCUCGAAACCAUACUUGGUCAGCGACGAUUCUAGCAUCAGAUCCGAGUAUUCCAACUUCACCACCGUUCAAUCUAAUUUGACCUCUUCGCCAGUGGUUCCUGUCAUCUACGACGGUGACUUCUCUCCUGAUUUGAUCAGCUCUUUGAGCUCUUCCUUGGACGGUUUGGUCGUCGUUGUCACCAGCGUUGCAGCAAACUCUAGCACCUCGUCCUUGUCCAGUGACACUUUGCCGGUCGUUUACGCACAGUCCAGCUCCGGAUUGGGCUACGUCCUCGAUGACGAGAUCCCAGAGACCGCUAUUUCUGCAGGUUACUUGACGCCAACUCAAGCACAGCUAUUACUCUCCAUCGCCAUCGUCAAUGGUGUCACCAAUCCAGAUGAUAUCUACGAUGUGUUCCCAUGA